AUGCAAAUUUUGCCAAAACUCGACUUCACCAACUCUGCCUUCAACAAUCGAGCCAGCAAAAUCGCGUUGAUUACUGGUGGUGAUGGGACUAUUGGGCACAAGUUUGUCGAACAUCUCAUUACGAGGGGUUGGUUCAUUCACGUGGUAACGUCAAGUCGAACUCGAGCGGAGGAUUUCUUUACUUCGCAUGGAAUUCCUAACGGGCCUGCCACAAAACUUCACUUUCACGAAUGCGAUCUAAGCAAACUUGACAAGGUAGCGCAGUUUGUUGGUGACUUCAAGAAGGAGAACUUGCAAAUUGAUUUGGUGAUUUGUAACGCUGGUGUCUUACAUCCGAGAGAUAUGUGGAACGAUCAAGCUGUCGCUGAUGGGAUGAAUGUAAAUGUAAUUUCACACGCGCUUAUGAUAGAGAGUCUUCAUCCCGUUUUGGCACGCGACAAUCGAAUACUGCUGGUGGGUAGCUGCUGUAGCCACGGGGCUUUCGUGACAAAGCGAAUGAUUAAAUCAGGUACUCAAUUGUUGUACUCGGCGGCAGGACCCUAUCAAGCUUACGCAUCAUCAAAGUUACUCUUGGCUUCUUAUGGGGAACAAUUAACUUUAUCGAUGCGGACCAGCCAUCCAGGUCAUCAAGUGAUUACAGUGCAUCCAGGUGUUGUCCCCAGUGGUCUUUAUCGUAAUACGAAUCCAAUCACACGAUUCGCCACCGCGUUUAUUCUACCAUUCUUUUUGAGGAAUGCUGAAGAUGCGGCUCUUCUCUGUUUACACACGGCUUUCCGUGAUGAUCUCCCAAAUGGAUCAUAUUGUGAAGAUGGAAAGGUUGUUCGAUGCGGCACCAAAUUCGAUAAAGAGGAUCUUUCCGCCAUUUAUGGAUUGAUUCAAAAAGAGGUUCAAACGGCUUUGAGCGAUAAAAAGAAUUUG